ACGUUUACAUAUAAAUUAGGUACACGUUCCGAUAAGUUCAACGGUACAGGUGUAAGACCUUUCCAGUUAGCACACGUACUUUCAGGGAGUGAAGUCUGCUUGUUCAUUCAGCGUACAAGACAUCUGUACUGAACCGCCGACACAGCCUUUGUGAUCGGAAUUCAGUGGACACCAUAGAAGCUCGAGGACAACCUGUGGACGUCCUAGGAAGGCCUUUAUUAAAAAAUUUCGUUGUCACACCGAGAUGAAGCUGGGCUACAGACGUGCAACCUGUUUCGCAUCGGUUCUGUUGUGGAUGGCUAGCGUUGAGUGCGCCAUGGGCGCACAUCAAUGGGUGUACUUGGAAACAGUCGCAGCGACCUACAUAAAACAAAUUAAUGAGACGUACAAAGGUGGAGUAAACUUCUGGAGUAUAAGGGAUGAUUUCUCGUACUGGAAACGUCAUUAUCAUCGGGACAAGCAUCCGGUAAAAGGAGAAGUUGACUGGUCUGAAUAUUACAGUUGCAAAGGAGAGGAAACUUUGAGAGAAAAUGAAACGGACUGCGUCGGGCUUUUCUCGUGGACGAUUAACGAAGGCAUAAAUAGCCCAUUUUCUCUAUCUACCUAUGCUAUUCUUCCAGAAGUGUUCAAAGGACUAAACCUGAAGGUGUUUUCAUUUAAUGUCAAUGGUCUUAGGAAAACGUCGGAUGAGGAGAAGUGGGGCAAGCUAUCCCAUAAGGUUCACCGCACUCUCUACGAAGCAAGCUUGCAAGUUCAGUGUGAAGAUACAAUUUUCUGGCUUCUUUGUGUACUUCCUUUCACAUCCUACAAACGGGAAUUUCCAAUGGGUUCUCGUCCCCAUCACCGCACUGGCUGGUAGAGCCAAAGGUCUCAAAAAAGAAGGCGAGAAGUUGACAUACUUGGUCCGAGGACAAUAUACCGAGCAGUUAUUUUGCAAUGACCCAAAAUAAAAGAAUCACAUGAAAUAUAACGAAACCAGAAAUUAAAUAAAAGAUAAUUCCGAGCAAAUGCA